AUGCGAGGCCAUUCACCUUCUCAACUCCAAGAAAGGAUUGAAGAAGCAUUGCUGGCCCGGCGAAGGCGAGGGCUUGUACGCGAGCUCCGAACGCCGUCUUCCACAGCGGUGGAUUUUUCUUCCAACGACUACUUGGGUUUAGCGAGGCCAGGGCCUUUUCGAGACUUUCUUGGCAGUUUUAUUGGGGUGUGUAGGGAGUCAAAGACCUCGGGCUCAACAGGAUCUCGCCUACUCUCGGGCCAGUCCGAAGAAGUGAUUAAGCUGGAAAAUACAGCAGCUGAAUUUCAUGGAUCUAAGAAGAGCCUGUUCUUUAACUCGGGUUAUGAUGCAAACCUUUCUUUGUUUUCCUGCUUGCCUGGGCCGGAAGAUUCAAUUGUCUAUGACGAACUUAUUCAUGCAUCCGUCCAUGACGGCAUGAGAAUGAGCAGAGCAAAUAGCAAUGUUACACCCUUUCAACAUAACAAUACCCUUUCUCUGCGGAAUGCGAUACGGCGAGCCGCGGAAGACCACCGUGGGAGUGUUCUCGUAUGCAUUGAGACAGUAUAUUCCAUGGAUGGGGAUAUAGCUCCUUUGCGAAGAAUACUCGAACUUUGCAAACAGCUCGCACUGGAUCUGAAGAGGGAGAUAUACGUUAUCGCGGAUGAAGCACAUGCUGGAGGUCUUUUUGGAGAUAACGGAGAAGGCCUUGCUGUUGCUAAAGGAUUGAACAUGCAUCCAAAUCUUCUUGCUCGUGUCGUGACGUUUGGCAAAGCCUUUGGGGCACAUGGCGCAGUAAUUUUAUCCACACCGUUACUGGUUGAAUAUCUGAUCAACUACGCCCGUCCAUUUAUAUAUUCCACUGCCCUUCCUCCCCACAGUAUUGCGAUUGUUAGGGCAGCGUACGCCUUUGCGAAAACAACACCAGCGAGGCAGGCGAGAGAAACGUUGUGGGAGAGAGUUGAGUUUUUUGAAAGGAUGGCACGCAAACAUCUUCCCCGAGAAAUUUCACAGCCGAGCAACGGAUGCAGCCCAAUUCAGGGAUUUUUUGUACCGGGAAAUAGACAGUGCAUGGAACUCUCUCGUACGCUCAGGGCAAAGGGCUUUGAUGUAUAUCCAAUUCGAUCACCAACAGUGCCACGGGGAACUGAGAGAAUCCGGGUCAUAGUUCAUACUCACAAUACAGAAGAGGAAAUCCAGGACCUCAUAAAGAGUAUAGCGAAUGCGCAAGCUCGGAGAAGCGCUUCACUGUAG